AUGGGAGCUCCCCAGCUCCCUUCAAUCGCCGUCCCCGGCCAACGGCUAGCAGAUACUUCCGCGUACACCUCCGGGCCCGGCACUUAUAUUCACGAGCACUCGAUCCGCGCCUCCAUCCCCGGCCCCGUCAUCGUCCAAGAAUCAGAUACAGACCAAAAAGGCAAAAAGGCCAAAAUAAUAACUGUCGCGCGCUCCUCUGCGCCAUCCACCGCUCCCACAACCAGCACUCCCGCCCAACCCUCCGGCCUCGCUCUAAUCGGCUCCACGAACAAAAGGAUCCCGUUAAAAUUCAACACCCUCCCCACCGUUGGCAGCAUCGUCCUCGGCCGCGUGACCCGUGUUCAAAAGCGCCAGGCGACCAUCUCGAUUCUGCUUGUUCUGCCUGACCAGCGGGCCACGCCCACCCUCGAUGCGGAGGGUGCCUCCGACGCGGAUCUUCCGUCGAUUCUCGCCAGUGCUAGUAUAUCAACGGCCUCGGACUCGCUGAAUGCUGAUGAACUGCGUCCGCAGGCGCUGAUUCGAAAGGAGGACGUGAGGGCGGUGGAGAAGGAUCGCGUGGUGGUGGAGGAAUCGUUUCGCGUUGGGGAUAUUGUGCGGGCGGUGAUUGUGAGUGUGGGUGACCAGGUGGCGUACUAUGCGAGUACGGCGGGGAACGAGCUGGGUGUGGUCAUGGCGAGGAGCAGCGCGGAUGAGGGUGGCGGGAAUAUGAUGUUUCCGGUCAGUUGGAAGGAGAUGAGGGAUCCGGCGACGGGGAAAGGGGAGAUGAGGAAGGUUGCGAAGCCGUUUUGA